AUGACUGCACAAUGUGUACAUGCAGAAGUGAAACUUUAUGUCAACCAGGAUGCUGAGAAGCUGAUCUUCGGCUUGGGACAGAAUGACUACAAAGCAGGAAACAGUGAAGCUGGGAUGGAAAAAGUAAGUCGCUUGUCAAACUUGGAUAUUGAAGACCUCUUGAACAAUGGUUCAGAAAUCGACAAUCUUUUGGAUAACCUCAGUGGUUUUUCAGAAGAUUACGAUGACUCACGUGAGCUGGAGAGCGAAACCUCUGCUGCUGAUAGAAAUGGUGGUAGUGAGUAUGAAGAGGCUAAUGCACAAUUUUCUAUUAGUCAGCCUGAGAGGGCCAUCGCCCCUCCGGCUGAGAAGCCUGAGAGGGCCGUCGCCCCUCCGGCUGAGAAGCCUGAGAGGGCCGUCGCCCCUCCGGCUGAGAAGCCUGAGAGGGCCGUCGCCCCUCCGGCUGAGAAGCCUGAGAGGGCCGUCGCCCCUCCGGCUGAGAAGGCUGAGAGGGCCGUCGCCCCUCCGGCUGAGAAGCCUGAGAGGGCCGUCGCCCCUCCGGCUGAGAAGCCUGAGAGGGCCGUCGCCCCUCCAGCUGAGAAGCCUGAGAGUGCCGUCGCCCCACCGGCUGAGAAGCCUGAGAGUGCCAUCGCCCCACCGGCUGAGAAGCCUGAGAGUGCCGUCCCCCCACCGGCUGAGAAGCCUGAGAGGGCCGUCGCCCCUCCAGCUGAGAAGCCGGAGAGCGCUGUCGCCUCUCUGGCUGAGCAGCCGGAGAGGGCGGUCGCCUGUCCGGCUGAGCAGCUGGAGAAGGCGGUCGCCUCUCCGGUUGAGCAGCUGGAGAAGGCACCAUGGAUCAGCAACGUCGGCCAGGCCCAUCAGUUGCAGCCGUGGGUCAGUGAUGUCAGCCGGACAUACCAGUUGCAGCCGUGGGUCAGUGACGUCGGCCGGACAAAUCAGGUGCAGCCAUGGGUCAGUGACGUCGGCCGGACAAAUCAGGUGCAGCCCUGGGUCAGUGAUGUCGGCCAGACAAAUCAGGUGCAUUCCUGGGGCAGUGCUGUCAGCCAGGCCCCUCAAGUGCAGUCGUGCGGCUGUGCCAUCAGCCAGGACCAUCAGGUGCAGCUGUGGGGCUGUGCCGUCAGCCAAGCCCGACAGGUGUGGUCAUGGGGUAGUGCUGUCGCCCAGGCCACUCAGGUGCUGUCAGGGAGCAGUGCUGUUGCCCAGGCCCAUCAGGUGCUGUCAGGGGUUCAGUGA